GGCCCAGGAGACAUCUUCCCUCGUUUACUUGCUCUCCGUACUUUGUCUCUAUGUAUUUUUUAGCCACCCAAACACCCCAGUUAUCCCCUGUCCGAACCUGAUUAUAACCGUGGAGAAACGAGCCCCCCUCGCCCGCCCCAGGACCGGGGUUUUGGAGCGAGCAUGUCGCUCGGACACCACCACGCCUGGCUCCCUCCAGGUCAUCUACGCCCUCCCGACGAUCUACUUGAUGCGCGGUCGGUCAAUGGCUAUUCAAAAUCAUUUUCUGGCUCUAAGACGCCUCAAAUGCGCCGCUCUGUCGACGCCGACGGCCCUCACGCGGGCAAUUUGAUAUCGGAGGCCGAUCUUGCGGCGGAUGAGGACCCACGCAUUGCCCUAUUCCGCGAUCUAUAUAAACGCAGUGAGGCGAAAAUAAACGGCCUAUUUUCUGGGGAAAAACUCACAGAUGAUACUGCCGGUGCGGCUGUCGCUGGUGCUGAUGAGCCCCAUGUCAAAGACGAACGCGCCGACGAAGCGACUUCCCCCCCGCCCCCUGUUAAGAAACCUGCGAGAAAGCUAGAUGACGACGAUUACGAUGACUACGAUGACGAUGACGAUGAUGAUGAAGCUGAAGCUGAAGCUCCGUCACCCCCGAAAUCGAAGACUGUCGGCCUUUUUCAGCAAGCCAGUGCCAUCCCGUCGCCAGGUCGUCCUCAACGCGGAUCAAUCUCCGGGGGCCCAGACAACUCCAAGGAAAUAAAGAAAGAGACUCUUGAAGAUAUCCGAAAGAAAUUAGAAGAAGAUAAGAAGGCGACAGAGGAGGCGGCCAAGAGAAGUUUUCAUACUCUGUUUUACACCCUGGAGAACGAUAGAGAUGCGAUGUUGGACCAGCAACGGCUGGAAGAGUCUGAGAGACAAGUCGAAGCCGAAAUGUCAGGCCAGGUGAAUGCUGGCAAUCACUCAGCUGCGGGCUCAAACGGGUAUGGCUCGCUGAGCAACGCGAACCUCGGCGCGUCAAGCUUGACCCUGAAGAACCUGAUAGCAAGAAUUGAUAUGAAGCGCACAAUGGUCCAAGCUUCUGAUGCGGAACUCCGUAGCCUAAUGAGUGAAGUUCGCAAGAACCGAAGCAAAUGGGCUAGCGAGGACAAGAUUGGCCAAGAGGAACUUUACGAAGCAGCGGAGAAAGUAUUGAGUGAGCUCAAAGCGAUGACAGAGCAUUCUACUGCUUUCCUGACUCGUGUCAACAAGCGUGAUGCACCCGACUACUAUGCAAUCAUCAAACAUCCCAUGGAUCUCGGAACAAUGACGAAGAAGCUGAAGGCUCUCCAAUAUAAGUCGAAGCAGGAGUUUGUGGAUGAUAUUAACUUGAUCUGGGCCAACUGCUUCAAGUACAACACAACCCAAGAUCACUUCCUCCGAAAACACGCCAUAUACAUGAAAAAGGAGACUGAAAAGCUUGUCCCCCUGAUUCCGGAAAUUGUUAUUAGAGAUCGAGCCGAAGUCGAGGCAGAAGAACGAAAACUUCAGCUUGCUGAGCUUGACGGCGGGGAAGAGAGUGAUGAUGAGCCGAUUAUGUCCUCUAGAGGCAGAAAAGCCCCUGGAAAAUCAUCUAAGAAAGGCGCCGCACCGGUUCGAAAUACCCCUAGCGGGUCUGAGCCUCCUACUGGCACCGCUUCGCAACCUUCGAUGCCUGUACGUUCAGACUCCGAUCUUCCCAUGGAUGGGACUCAGAAUGGGUUUGCAACUCCACCCCCUGGAACACAAACGCCGUCCGAUCCUGCCGGAAUCGGUGGCGUUCCGGGCGGACAGGGUGAUAGCAUGGAAAUUGAUGGACUCGGAGCGCCGACUGUCGCACUUAGCGCACUGCCUGGUCCCGGCAUAGAAUUUGCAGACCCCGAGUACAAGGUUUGGAAGCAGGUCACGAAGAAAGAUCGAGCUCUCAUCGCUGCAGAGAGACACCGCCUCUUCAAAGGUGACAAGAUCAACUCCGACGAGCCCGCUCUACUCAGAACCAAGGCUGGUAUGAGAAGGUGGCUGAGGAAUCAGAAACAAAUCAGCACAGAAGGUGAUAAAUCCAAUGAGUCAGGAGCGCAAAAUAUGGAACCUGAUACUGCCGCGGAAACAUUGGCAGAAGGUAUCGAGGUCGAGGAGGACAAAGUCAUCCCAGAUUAUUAUGACGUGAUGUCCGGUAUUCCUGAUCUCCCCGCCCACUUGCACUGGAGGGAAGAUUCUGAGGGGCAUAUUGUGGAUGCCUCUGAAGAAUUCUUGAGAGUUCUACCGAAAGGAUUGUUUACUCAGCCAGAUAGUAAACUUUCCCGGAAGAUGGACGCAAACAUGAGGCAGAUGCAGGAAACACGGAAAAUUUGCUCGAAAGUUGGUAUUGUGAAACAGAUGCAAUUACAGUCGCAGAAUCAAUUCCAGAAAUACCAGCCGGAACCUUUCCUCGAGCAAGAUGUCCAACCACACGUCCUGAACGAUGAAGGGCCUGUAAUUGCUCCUUGGGUUUGCAAGGCUGCGCUGCAGCGCUCGGUGGCCAAGGUUUUCUAUCAUACCGGGUUCGAGGAGUAUCAGCCUUCAGCUCUUGAUGCUGCCACAGAUAUGGCUUCAGACUUUUUUCAGAAGAUUGGUGAAACCUUAAAAUCAUACAUGGAAUCGCCCAAAGUCCCAGCUACUGGGCCUAUGGAAACUACGUCGUCAUCUCAGUGGAAGCAAGCCUAUACCGAGCCCGAGAUUGUACUUCAUACAUUAUCUUCAGUUGGUAUUGAUGUUGAGGGUCUUGAGUCCUACAUCAAAGACGAUGUCGAACGACUUGGUACAAAACUGGCAACUGCGCAUGAACGCCUUCGUUCGCUGCUCUCUGAACUUUUGCGUCCCGCACUUGCCGAUGGCGGUGAAGAUGGCUCUAAUGCCUUUGCAGAUGGCAGUGAGCAAUUCGUUGGUGGUGACUUCGCAGAAGAUAUAGAUGAAGAUUUCUUUGGGUUCAAGGAGCUAGGGCUGGAUAAAGAAUUCGGGUUGGCCACACUCAGCGUUCCAUUGCAUCUGCUUCAAAACAGGAUGUACAACGCGGCCCAGGCCCAGAAUACAAGCGCCUCUCAAUCUGUAACACUCUUUCCUCCUCCCCCCGCAUAUCCACGUAUCACAUCCGAAACCAUUUCCUCGCAAAUUGGCCUGGCGCAAGCCUUCUUCCAUGCCAAAUUACAAGCACACAACAACGAGCCGUUGGUGGAGGAUCUUGAAUUGCCACCGAAGCAAAGACUAAUGGCUACUCGGCCGCGUCUUCCUGCAUCUGGAAAGAUUCCACCUCCUUCUGGUCUCCCGGGACCCACUUCAAGUCCUCAAAAACGGCCACUACCACCAUCUGCUUCUGCGUCUAAUGCUAAUAAAGCUGGAGCCCCUGAACCUAGCAAGAAGAAGAUCAAAAAGAACAGUGGAGCAGCAACGGGAGUCGCUGACUCUGUUGGCGAAGAGGAUGGCGUUGCUGGCCGUGAUGGCGCGAAGGCUUUGAAUCCGAUCUUGGCCAAUAUGAAAGCCAAUGUGGCUACCGAUGACGCUUCUGGAACAUCAGUCACAGAAUUCAGCAGCAUCAAGAGUGGCGCGGGAAAUUCUGCUGUGUCGGAUGCUCCUGGCGCUGACAGUAGCGGUCCGACAACCACCUCCAACGCUGACCAGAAGACCAAUGACAGUACUUUACCCCUAACCAACGGGACUGUGGGGGAUGCAUCAUGAUUUAUGAUCAUUGUGUGGGCUCUUCGAUAUUUGAUACCCAGGGCUUUUUGGUGAGCAAGAACUGGCGCUUCCUGGAUUGCUUCAGAAGCAUUGUGUGCUCCUGUUGGAACUGUAGAACUUGGCGUGGUUAACCCGUUCUUUCAAUUAUUGUUUUCAUCCAUUUUCCAUGUUCUUUUUUAUUUUAUCAUUUCUUAGAUUUUUUUUUUUUUCCGGACGUG